AAAAAAAAGGGGAGGAAAAGAAAUGGAAAAAGGAAAGAGGAAGUAGGGUUUUUGAGAACAUAAAACCCGAGUGUUGCUUCCGUCCCCUAAUUUUUUCAGAGAGACGACUACGCCAUUUUUCUUCAUUAUCACUCGUCGGAUCUGUCUCUCUCCUCAGGUAAGUCAUGGUGAGGCAUAAUAAUGUUGUGCCUAAUGGCCAUUUCAAGAAGCACUGGCAGAACUAUGUCAGGACUUGGUUCAAUCAGCCCGCUCGUAAAACCAGAAGAAGAGUAGCUCGACAAACGAAGGCCGUUAAGGUCUUUCCUCGUCCUACAGCUGGAUCUCUUCGUCCUAUUGUUCAUGGCCAGACCUUGAAGUAUAACAUGAAGCUCAGAGCUGGCAAAGGAUUUUCCCUUGAGGAGCUUGAAGCAGCAGGUAUUCCUAAAAAACUUGCCCCAACAAUCGGCAUAGCUGUUGAUCACAGACGCAGAAAUCGGUCCCUUGAAUCUCUUCAAUCCAAUACCCAGAGGUUGAAGACCUACAAAGCCAAAUUGGUUGUAUUCCCAAGAAGGCCACUUAAAUUCAAGGCUGGUGACUCUGCUCUUGAGGAGUUGGCCGCAGCUACUCAAGUCCAUGGUGACUUCAUGCCGAUUGUACGCGAGACUCCAGUUGCGGAGCUUGUCAAGAUUACGGACGAGAUGAAGGCCUUCAAAGCAUAUGACAAGCUUCGAUUGGAGAGGACCAAUAAGAGACAUAUGGGUGCCCGGUUGAAGAGGGCCGCUGAAGCCGAGAAAGAAGAUAAGAAGUAGAGAGUAGUUUUCAAGCUGCUGAGUUGAUAUAUAGUUUUUUUGCCUAGACUGUUUGAUCUUUUUGCUUCCAGAACUAGUAUUAAAAUUAUUUGGUGAAUUUAUGAAUUAUAGGAUCGGAUGUGCCUCAUAUGGUGUUGAGAAAAUAGUAAAAUUGACGAGAUUUUUGAAAAAAAUCAUGUUCUUUUCAGUUGUGUUUCUACUUUCAAUGUUCAGGUUAACUUCUGCAAUGAAUUGGUGCUAGGAUUUCUUGUGA